GGCUGAUUUUGUGAAUUUGGGUUUUUUACUUACCGUAUGCUCCAUAACACGCUCGCGACAUUUCUUCUCUCGCUCGCAACUCAGCGCUGUGCCUCUCGUCUUCUCCCUCGUCGCUCUUCAACUCAGACAGCAGGUUCCAUAAUUUUUUAUCUGAAGAGAAAAAGAGAGAGAGAUGUCGGGUAUGGGAGAUGGAUACGUGGGCACUGCCCAAGAUGCAGUUCGGAUCCGACGGCUAGAGAAACAGAGAGAAGCUGAACGUCGUAAAAUCCAAGAGCUGAAAACCAAAUCUGCCACCUCCAAUGGCCAACCCGGUCUCCUCCAAUUUGGCUCCAGCACUUCUGAGAUUCUUGAAACUGCUUUUAAGAAAGAAACUGUUGGUCUUGUCACCCGUGAACAGUAUGUGGAGAAGAGGGUUAAUAUUCAAAGUAAAAUAGAGGAGGAAGAGAAGGAGAAGCUUCAGAAGCAACUACAAGAGGAGGAGGAGCUUCAAUUACAAAAACGCAAAAAGAGGAAGAUCAAGGGAAAUUCGAGACUAUCAUUUUCCGAAGAUAUUAUUGACAAUGAUGCUCAGGAAGAGGAGGAGACACAUCAAAGUAAUAAUAUAGAAACAAAUGGAGGAGUACGGUGUGGUAAGCUUGGUAAAGACCCCACCGUCGAAACUAGCUUUCUACCUGACAGUGAGCGAGAGGCUGAGGAGCAAGCUGAACGCGAAAGACUGCGCAAACAGUGGCUCCGUGAGCAGGACCAAAUUCGAAACGAGCCUCUUCAAAUCACAUACAGUUAUUGGGAUGGAACUGGCCAUAGGCGUGUCAUCCAGGUACGCAAGGGUGACACCAUCGGGGAGUUUCUUCGAGCAAUUCAACAGCAACUUGCGCCUGAAUUCCGAGAGAUUCGAACAACCUCGGUUGAAAAUCUGCUUUAUGUGAAAGAAGACCUCAUCAUUCCUCAUCAACACAGCUUCUAUGAACUAAUUGUGAACAAAGCGAGGGGAAAAAGUGGACCGCUUUUUCAUUUUGAUGUGCAUGAGGAUGUCCGGACAAUUGCUGAUGCCACUAUAGAGAAGGACGAGUCUCAUGCUGGAAAAGUUGUAGAAAGGCACUGGUAUGAGAAGAACAAGCAUAUAUUUCCCGCUUCAAGAUGGGAGAUAUAUGAUCCAACAAAGAAGUGGGAACGAUACACCAUCCAUGGGGAUUAAACUUUGGCUUCCAAAUAACUUUAUUUGGAUUUGCUGCUUCUGAGUUUUAAUCUGAUCUUCAGUUGAGCUGAUUACGCCUCAAAUCUCACCUUGAUAGUGCUGGUUCAAUUAGUCAGAUUUAUAGCAAUUCCAGUGUUUUUAUCUUUUUUGCUAUAAUUUAUUGUUGUAGAAACUUGGACAAUUAGUCAGAUUUUUUUUACAUUACAUUGGAAAUCUGAGAGACUGGCUGGGCAUCUAAAAUAUGCAGACUUUUUUUUUAUGUAAUCUAAAGUUUGAGGGAUGAUUUUUUGGCUUUA